CACAGUUUCCAACACUGUCAUCACCUCUGAUUGGAUUUCAUAACCUCAAUUACAAAUCAUGAAUUAUAUAAAAUCUUUUAACAAAUUAUUAACAAACACUUUACCUACUAGUCAAAAUUUCCAACAAGUGAGGACUAAAUACAUUAACAAAUGGAUGAUAAGGGAUGUAAAAAGAAGGAAACUGACCACUGAGUUGGCUCCAGAGCGUUUAAGAAUAAAUUCUCUGAGAAAGAACUCGAUUUUGCCACCAGAACUUAGGGAAAUUGCAGAUGCUGAAAUCGCAGCGAUGCCCAAAGAUUCUACAUUGUUGAGAUGUGCCAAACGUUGUGUUAUUACAUCCAGACCUAGGGGUGUUGUUCACCAAUUCAGGCUUAGCAGAAUAGUCUUUAGGCAUUUGGCUGACUAUAAUAAGCUGUCUGGUUGUCAAAGAGCCAUGUGGUAAUUGUGGUGUUAUUAAUUUUAUUAGAAGUUAGAAAUAAAUUUGUUAAAUUAUA